AUGGCUACUCGCCGGAAGCCCGAUGCCUCGGAGGAGGAGCCGUUAAUCCCGCCGCAAAUUUACCCCAAGGAGACCGACCCGAUCCCGACCUACCGCAUCGAUCUCGCCCUGCCGCCCGCGCAACGCUACGCCGAGAUGGCCCGCGACUUCUCCCCGCAGCUCCGCCAGACCACGCCCGUCUUCCUCGAGCUGCUCCAGUGGUUUGUGCCGAACCAGUACGUCCGCUCCGGCAUCAUCGGCUGCAUGAAGGUUUUGCUGCGCCGCGUGUACGACGAUGUGCAGACCGAGGAGAUUCGGGGUAUCGCCAAUAUCUCGGGCAUGGAUCUCUACUUGCUCGUCGCCCUCAACGUACUCCUGGAUGCAAUGCUCGGCUGCACUUCUGGUGCAGCGAGGGUCCAGGGCGGCGCCGACGGGCAAGGCUCGCGGCUGUUGCACUUUCGUACCUUGGACUGGGCCAUGGAUAGGCUGAGGGCCCUUCUUGUGACCCUAGAGUUUGUAGACUCUUCGUCAGAUCAACCCCACAAAGUCGUCGCGAGGUCCGUUACGUACGCCGGUUUUGUUGGCGUAUUAACUGGUGUUCGCGAGGGCCUCUCUAUAUCGCUCAACUUCCGCCCUUCUCACAACAGUCGCGGCUACGGUAUUCGCUGGCACCAACUCUUGGUCGUUCUGGGCUACCGCCCUUCCAUUGCUAGCGUCCUCCGCGACCUUAUCCUUAACCCCCGCCCCUCGCACCAGUCCGCCUCUGCCGUGGCCGCCGAGCUCGCCUCCACGCGCACCAGCCCGGCGUACCUUUGCCUCUGCGACGGGCAAGAGGCCAGCAUGAUCGAGAAGGACCUGCUCUCGGGCGCGGUGCGCACUGACCCGGGCUUCGUUGUGCAGACUAACCACGAUGUGUCGCGGCACGAGUCGGCGUUGCCCAAGCCGGCGGAAACGUCAGCUACGGCGGAGGCGCUAUCGGCCAUGGCGAAGAAGGAUACUCCCAACGACGAGUCGUGGGUGGAGGAAUCCGCCGAGAGAAUGCAGUGCAUGAUUGACUUUUGGAACGACAAGACGGCGGCGGCAGCGGCACGUGCGGGCGCGGGCGUCGAGGAUAUCUAUCUGUUGCAGGAGGACCUGGAGAACAAGGUGCGGUCGAGGCCGACGUCGAGGGAAUGGACACACUUCCGUUGCGUCAUGGAUCCCCAGAACGGUGCCUUUACCCUGGUUGAGAGGGGACCCCCACCUCUGCCACCUGAUCAGCAGCGCGCGGUACAGGAGGCUGCCGCUGGGAGGGGUUAA